AUGGUGCGGGGUAUUCUGCCUACGGAGAAGCUAUUCAUAGGAGGUGAUUUCAAUGGCCAUAUUGGGUUGUCUGCUGGUGACUUUGGUAAGGUGUACGGUGGCUUCGACUUUGGCGAUAGGAAUGGGGUGGCUCCUGGUGAUGGACGUCGGUAUCUUGAUGAAGAAAAAGAAGGGAUUUGUAAGGGGUCAGUCGAGGAUCAGGUGGGAGCUUUGUCUAAGUAUAAUACGCAGGAGUUGGAGGGGAGGCUGAGGUCUCUGGGUGCCUGGAAGAGUGGUGGGGACGCUAGAGCUAUGUGGACGGCAACGGCGGACUGUAUAAGGGAGUUAGCAAGAGAGGUGUUGGGAGUUUCGAAAGGUUACUCUAGCAGGCACCGAUGUGAUUGGUUGUGGAAUGACGUGGUCCAAGGUAAAGUGGAAGCCAAGAAAGUGGCUUACAUAAAGUUAGUAGAGAGCACCGACGAGGAUCACAGGAGAGCGAACAGAGAAAGAUAUAAGGAGUCUAGGAAGGAGGCUAAAUUAGUGGUCACAGAGGCUAAGACUACUACAUUUGGUCGGCUAUAUGAGGAACUUAAGGGCAAAGGUGGGGACAAGAAGUUAUUUUGGUUGGCAAAAGUGAGAGAGAAGAAGCCUCGCGACCUGGAUAAAGUGAGGUGCAUCAAAGACGAGGAUGGUCGAGUAUUGAUAGAAGAGGCCCAGAUUAGGCAAAGAUGGCAGUUGUACUUUCAUAAAUUUAUGAAUGAAGAGGUGGAUGGAAACAUUAUGUUAGGGCAAUUGGGGUACUCCGAGAGUCUCUGUGACUUUAGGUAUUGUAGGAACAUCAAGGUUGAGGAGGUCGUGGGUGCGAUGGGUAAGAUGAGUCGGGGCAAAGUGACCGGACCAAACGAGAUUCCACUAGAGUUUUGGAGAUAUGCAGGUAGAGCAGGCUUGGAAUGGCUGACUGAGUUGUUUAAUAUUAUCUUCAGGACGAAGAGGAUGCCUGAUGAGUGGCGGUAG